UGGUGGUGUGUUGAUCUAAAACAUGUCUAUAUUAUUAACAACAUUAAAUUAUAUAACAGAAAUAUAUUACAAGGAAGACUUCGGGGAUUUACAAUGAAGUUAAGUAAUACAGGUCAAUGUAAUGGAACAGGAUUGGAAUCAGCUAGAUCAUGUUAUACAGAUACUUCACAUCAAAACCACACAGUUUAUAACAUAGCAGGAUGUAACCAAACAUCAUCAACAUCUUUAUCUGGUAGAUUUGUUUUUAUUCAAAAUAAACCAAAACAAGCUCUUACACUGUGUGAAGUACAAGUAUUUAAAGGUGGUUGUCCAGAUGGUAAUUAUGGUGAAGACUGUGAGAAAAAAUGUAAUAUUAACUGUAAAGAUGGAUUGUGUAAUUCAACAACUGGUAAUUGUAAUACAUGUAAAUCGGGUUUUACUGGAGAUAAAUGUGAGACUUGUCAACAAGGUAAAUAUGGUGACAACUGUCAACAGAACUGUAGUACUGGUUGUUUAAAUAAUAACUGUUCUAAAUCAAACGGAACUUGUGGAUCAAAAUGUUCCAGUAAUUGCUCUGCAGUGUGUGAUAAAUCUAGCGGUAUGUGUCGUCAGUGUAAACCUAAUACAGUAGGUCCAUAUUGUAAUUCAACAUGUGGUAGUGGAUGUCAACCAAUCACAGGUAAUAUAACAUGUGAUAGAAAGGGUAGAUGUACCAGUUGUAUUAUGGGAAGAUAUGGUGAUAGAUGUGAUAAGAAUUGUACUAUUACAUGUAAUGGUGGAUGUGAUAGAUAUAAUGGUACAUGUAUUAAUGGAUGUAUUAAAGGUAAAAGUGGAGAAUAUUGUGAUAAAAACUGUAAUUAUAAUUGUAUUCAUUGUAAACAAGAUGAUGAUAACUCCUGUACUGAAUGUAAAGAUGGAAGAUGGAGAACAUCGUGUAAUGAAAUUUGUAGUUUUACCUGUAAGCCACGGAAUAUUGCAUCGUCGACCUCUUGCAAUGCCACAUCCAGUGAACAGUGCACAAAACCAUCAUGUGAUCAGAUGACCGGAAAUUGUUCCCUUGGAUGCAUUGCUGGAAAGAAGGGAAACUAUUGUUCUGAAAAUUGUAGUGCUGGAUAUUAUGGAGAUAAUUGUGCUAACGCCUGUGGACGAUGCGCUAGAGGUACACCAUGUAAUACAACAAGUGGCAGUUGUGAACAUGUUGGUUGUGAGGAUGGAUUUAUAGGUCUAAUGUGCAGUGAAGCUACCCCCAAACCCGAUGGGGCACAUCCUGCUGUAGCUAUUCUUGCUAUUCUUACCGUGGUUGGUGUGGUUAGUUUCAUUGGUGUGAAAAUAAGAGAAAGGUACAUGAAGGACAAUCAACAGCCCACUGUAACAGACAGUGAAAAUGAAACUGAAGAAGUUAGUGAAGGCGGUAAUGAAGUAGUAAUGUAUUCUAACUUACCUAAUUCUGGUGUAUAUGAAAAUCUACCAUCUACCCGCAUUGAAUUGAAAGAUUUGUGGGAAAUAAUUCAAAGAAAGAAAACGGCAAAAACUUUCAAACCAGAAUAUGAGAAUCUACCAAAAGGCCUAUGUUCGCCUCAUGAUGUUUGUCUGAAUAAAAUAAAUCGACCUAAGAAUAGAUACAAGGAUAUAUGUGCAUCAAACUGA